AUGGUACCGUUCCACCACACCGUUCCACCACCAUUCCACCACCGCACCACACUACCACACCGUUCCACCACCACACCGUUCCAUCACCACACCGUUCCACCACCACACCGUUCCAUCACCACACCGUUCCACCACACCGUUCCACCACCACACCGUUCCACCACCAUUCCACCACCAUUCCACCACCAUUCCACCACCGCACCACACUACCACACCGUUCCAUCACCACACUACCACACCGUUCCACCACCACACCGUUCCACCACCAUUCCACCACCGCACCACACUACCACACCGUUCCACCACCACACCGUUCCACCACACCGUUCCACCACCACACUGUUCCACCACACCGUUCCACCACCACACCGUUCCACCACCAUUCCACCACCGCACCACACUACCACACCGUUCCAUCACCACACUACCACACCGUUCCACCACCACACCGUUCCACCACCAUUCCACCACCGCACCACACUACCACACCGUUCCACCACCACACCGUUCCACCACACCGUUCCACCACCACACUGUUCCACCACACCAUUCCACCACCACACCGUUCCACCACCACACCGUUCCACCACCACACCGUUCCACCACCAUUCCACCACCGCACCACACUACCACACCGUUCCAUCACCACACCGUUCCACCACACCGUUCCACCACACCGUUCCACCACCAUUCCACCACCGCACCACACUACCACACCAUUCCACCACCACACCGUUCCAUCACCACACCGUUCCACCACCACACCGUUCCACCACCAUUCCACCACCGCACCACACUACCACACCGUUCCACCACCACACCGUUCCACCACCAUUCCACCACCGCACCACACUACCACACCGUUCCACCACCACACCGUUCCAUCACCACACCGUUCCACCACCACACUGUUCCACCACACCAUUCCACCACCGCACCACACUACCACACCGUUCCAUCACCACACCGUUCCACCACACCGUUCCACCACACCGUUCCACCACCACACCGUUCCACCACACCGUUCCACCACCAUUCCACCACCACACCACACUACCACACCAUUCCACCACCACACCGUUCCAUCACCACACCGUUCCACCACCACACCGUUCCACCACCAUUCCACCACCGCACCACACUACCACACCGUUCCACCACCACACCGUUCCAUCACCACACCGUUCCACCACCACACCGUUCCACCACACCGUUCCACCACACCAUUCCAUCACCACAUCAUUCCAUCACCACAUCGUUCCAUCACCACAUCGUUCCACCACCACACCGUUCCACCACACCGUUCCACCACCACACCGUUCCACCACACCGUUCCACCACCACACCGUUCCAUCACCACACCGUUCCACCACCACACCGUUCCACCACACCGUUCCACCACACCAUUCCAUCACCACAUCGUUCCAUCACCACAUCGUUCCAUCACCACAUCGUUCCACCACCACACCGUUCCACCACCACACCGUUCCACCACACCGUUCCACCACCACACCGUUCCACCACACCGUUCCACCACAACAUCGUUCCACCACCACACCGUUCCACCACCACACCGUUCCACCACACCAUUCCACCACCACAUCGUUCCACCACCACAUCGUUCCACCACCACACCGUUCCACCACACCGUUCCACCACCACACCGUUCCACCACACCGUUCCACCACCACACCGUUCCACCACACCGUUCCACCACCACACCGUUCCACCACAACAUCGUUCCACCACCACACCGUUCCACCACCACACCGUUCCACCACCACAUCGUUCCACCACCACACCGUUCCACCACCACACUGUUCCACCACCACACUGUUCCAACACCACACUGUUCCACCACACUGUUCCACCACCACACUGUUCCACCACACCGUUCCACCACCACACUGUUCCACCACACCGUUCCACCACCACACCGUUCCACCACACCGUUCCACCACCACACCGUUCCACCACCACACCGUUCCACCAAGCGGACAAUCUCAUUGCAAACCUGGAUUCCAUCUGUCAACAAUUACAGAGCUUUAUUUACCAGACAAACUGGUGACACUGCAGGUGACAGGAAUAAACAACUGGUCUGUUAUUGGCUGA